UUGUCAUCAGUUCACUUUUUCUUGUUUUUAUUCACUUGUGUUCGUACCUCUUCAAUUAUUAGAUUGCUUUUUCCCUGUAAGGCUAAGCCCAAAUGUGGUUCAAUUUCUAGCAAUUUAUGGUUGGAGAAGCAGAUCAGGUGAAGAAUAUCCGAUUAAUUGUCCCUUCUUGUCUUUCAGCUCAUAUGAUCUAGAGAAUUUCACCCUACAGCCUUGUGUAAUUUUUUGAUCUCAUGGCGUCUUCUUCUUCUUCUUCUUCUUCUUCUUCUACAUCAACCAUCAACCUUCCAAAAAAACAUCAUGUCUUCCUUAGCUUUAGAGGGGAAGACACCCGUGUUGGUUUUACCAGCCACCUUCAUGCAGCUUUGGAACGGAAAAACAUCCUAACUUUCAUAGAUAAUGACCUUAGGCGAGGAGAAGAAAUUUCUCCAUCACUUGUAAAAGCAAUUGAAGACUCCAUGCUCUCUGUGAUCAUUUUUUCCCAAAACUAUGCAUCUUCCAAAUGGUGCUUAGAUGAGCUAUUGAAGAUUCUUGAAAGCAGAAAAGUUAGAGGGCAGAUUGCUAUUCCAGUAUUCUACGAGGUUGAUCCUUCUGAUAUAAGAAAGCAAAGUGGAAGCUUUGGAGAUGUAUUUGCGCAACUUGUAAAGAGGAAAGCUUUGAAGAUGGAGGAGGAGCAAUGUUUCAGAGCUGCUUUGAACGAAGCUGCCAACAUAUCUGGCCAUGACUCAAGGAAGAUCGAGUCAGAGUCUAAAUUUAUCGAGGUAAUUGUCGAAGAUAUUCUGAAUAAAUUGUGCAAAAUCUUCCCCGUCCACCCCACGAAUCUUGUUGGAAUUGAUGAACACGUAAGGAAAAUUGAAUCUUUGUUGGAUAUGGAGACGCAGGAUGUUCGGAUUGUAGGAAUAUGGGGAAUGGGUGGUAUAGGCAAAACAACUAUCGCUCGAGCUGUGUAUAACAAAAUUUGCACCAAAUUUGAAGGGUUUUCCUUUAUGGCGAACGUCAGGGAAGAAUUAAAAAGACGCACAGUGUUUGAUUUGCAAAGAAGAUUUUUCUCGCGAAUACUUGACCAGAAAAUUUGGGAGACGAGCCCUUUUAUAAAAGAUAGGCUUCGCCGAAAAAAGGUGCUCAUUGUUUUUGAUGAUGUAGAUAGUUCAAUGGUCUUGCAAGAAUUGCUACUCGAGCAACGUGAUGCAUUUGGUCCUGGAAGUAGAAUUCUGGUAACAAGUAGGGAUCAGCAAGUGCUAAACCAAGAGGUUGAUGCAACAUACGAGGUAAAGGCAUUGAAUCAUAUGGAUGCUCUUCAGCUCUUUAAAUCGAAAGCCUUCAAGAAAACCUGUCCCACAAUUGAUCAUAUAUAUUUGUUGGGCAGGAUGGUGACCUAUACAAAAGGCAAUCCACUGGCUCUUGUAGUUUUGGGCUCAGCUCUCUGUGACAAAAACAAAGAGGAUUGGUACAGUGCAUCGAAUGGGUUAGGCCAGAUUCAAAAUGUUGAAAUUCUAAAUGUGUUGAGGGUCAGUUUUGAUGGACUGAAUACGGAGCAAAGAAGUAUUUUUCUUCACAUUGCAUGUUUCUUCAAAGGAAUCAACCGACUCCAUUUUACAAGAAUAUUAGAGAAUAAGUGUCCUGCUGUGCAUUACUAUAUAAGUGUUCUAAUUGAUAAAUCUCUCGUAUUGGCUUCGGACAACAUACUAGGGAUGCAUGAUUUACUACAAGAAAUGGCUUAUAGUAUUGUUCAUGAAGAAUCUGAGGAUCCCGGUGAACGUAGCAGGCUGUUUGAUCCUGAGGAUAUCUAUAAAGUAUUGAAGGAAAACAAGGGGACAAAAAGAGUUAAAGGCAUAUGCCUUGACAUGUCCAAAUCAAGGAAAAUGAGGUUGAAAACUGAUUCCUUUGCAGGGAUGAACUGUCUUGAAUUUCUCAUAUUCUAUAAUCCCUCUUACUUCGAGGUCGAAAAAAACAAAGUGCACCUUCCUUACUCUGGCCUUGAAUAUCUUUCCAAUGAGCUUAGAUAUUUCCACUGGGAUGGAUUCCCUUCCAAAUCUUUGCCACAGGAUUUUAGUGCUGAAAACCUCGUCCAGUUUGAUUUUUCUGAGAGCAAGGUAGAGAAACUUUGGAGUGGAAAACAGAAUCUUCUGAAUUUAAAAGGAAUCAACCUCAGUUCCUCUCGUUAUUUGACUGAAUUGCCAGAUUUAUCAAAAGCUAACAAUUUAGAGUAUAUAAAUCUUAGUGGUUGUGAAAGUUUAAAAAGGGUUCCAUCGUCCUUUCAACAUCUGGAGAAACUGAAACGCCUUGAUCUUACCGACUGCCAUAAUCUAAUAACUCUUCCUAGAAAGAUUGAUUCAAAAUGUCUCGAACAACUUUUUAUAACAGGUUGCUCAAAUAUCAGGAAUUGUCCAGAGACUUAUGCGGAUAUAGGAUAUUUAGACUUAAGUGGGACUUCUGUAGAAAAGGUGCCCUUGUCAAUCAAGUUGAGACAAAUUUCUCUGAUUGGUUGCAAAAAUAUUACUAAGUUUCCAGUGAUUUCAGAAAAUAUAAGAGUGUUGCUUUUGGAUCGAACUGCUAUAGAAGAGGUGCCUUCAUCAAUUGAGUUUCUUACGAAACUUGUGUCUUUACAUAUGUUCGACUGUAAAAGGCUAUCUAAACUCCCAAGCAGCAUCUGUAAAUUGAAAUUUCUUGAAAAUUUCUAUUUAUCUGGUUGCUCAAAACUUGAGACCUUCCCAGAAAUCAAGAGGCCUAUGAAAUCUUUGAAAACACUUUACUUGGGUAGAACAGCAAUUAAGAAGCUACCAUCAUCAAUUAGGCAUCAGAAAUCUUUGAUAUUUCUUGAGUUAGAUGGAGCAUCUAUGAAAGAGCUACUGGAGCUUCCACCUUCAUUGUGUAUUUUAUCAGCAAGGGAUUGUGAAUCAUUAGAAACCAUAUCAAGCGGCACUUUAAGCCAAUCGAUACGUUUGAAUCUUGCAAAUUGCUUCAGAUUUGAUCAGAAUGCAAUAAUGGAAGACAUGCAAUUGAAAAUUCAGUCUGGAAAUAUUGGAGACAUGUUUCAGAUUCUUUCACCAGGAAGUGAAAUUCCACAUUGGUUCAUUAAUCGAAGUUGGGGAUCUUCAGUUGCCAUUCAGUUGCCCUCAGACUGUCAUAAGCUCAAGGCAAUUGCUUUCUGCCUGAUUGUUCACCAUACAGUUCCAUUAAAUGAUUUGCUUCAGGAAGAUAAAGCCAUAAACAUUAAAUGGCAAUGCCAUGCCAAAAGUAAUAAUUGUGAACAUGAUGAUAUCAUUUUCAAGACAGAAUGUGAGAUAUAUAACUUCCAGGAUUCAAAGAUGCGUGACUCGGAUCACAUGUUAUUGUGGCACGAGAACUGGAAAGAAGAUUCUUUCAGUAAAUACUCUGACAAAGAAAUUACAUUUGAAUUCUACCCGAAAGCAAAAGCGAAAUCUUUCGAUCGGAACACUUCAGAGAUGGAGUUGCGUGAGAUUGAAAAGCAUUGCAAGGUGAAAAGCUGUGGGGUCUAUCAUCUAUUUGAUGAGAAUCGACAUCUAUUCAGCAUUUCUGAUGAGGAUUUGAGUGACCAAGAAGAUGAUUACUAUUCUCUUUGUUCCAGCAGUUCUUCUGCUGAGGAUUCAGGUGAUGAAAUUGAUCAUGAAAAUGGUGAUUUAAAAUCCUGCAAGACUAGCCCAGCAACGUCUUUUUUCUCCCACCGAAAGGGUUAUCUCCUUCUUCUAUGCUUCUUGACAUUUGCUUAUUUCUUUCUCUCAUGGACAUCCCAAUUUUGUUUUGCACCUCAAUUCAUUCCUCCACCACCAACUUGAGCUUCGAAACAGAGUGAUUUCCUAUUGCCUCUACUUCCAGAUCUCGAAUUUCAGUUUUGGACAGGUCCUAUCCAGGUUUAUUCAGAGAGCAAAGCAAUGAGCGAAGCUAAAAGUUUGGCAACAGAACUUACUAUCAUCAGAUGAAUUUACUUUGUCAACACCAACUGAUAGACCUGUUAAAACUACUGAUUGUGCUCUUUUGUUUUACGAAGGUCCUUUUUUUGUGAUCGAUUUAUUUGGUCUGCAAUAUUUCAACUUGUGCUCGGUGACUCUGACAAGAGUGCUAUUAUACUUGUCUUCCUUGUUGCUGAUUGUUUCUUAUACCUAUGGCUAUUAGUAAUUUUGCAUCUACUUUUUUGUUGUUCA